AUGGCCUCAGCACCCAAGGCCCUCUUUUUCGACACGUUCGGUACAGUCGUCGAAUGGCGAUCCUGCGUGUCCAGCGCCCUCCACAGCGCGGCUCAGCACGCCCUCGCCGAUUCAAACAGGGAUAUCCCGGCCGACGCGCGGGCCCGGGCAUCCACGCUGACCGAGUCAGACUGGCUCGGCGUCGCCGAAGACUGGCGACGAUCCUACGGCGUAUUCACCAGCACCUUUGAUGCAUCGAAACCCUUUGUCUCGGUCGAUCAGCACCAUCAUGCCGCGCUGCAGGAUAUCCUGACGCAGCGUGGGAUCCGCGAACUAUUUAACGCGGACGAGCUGUGGCAGUUAACGCUUGCAUGGCACAGACUGAAGCCGUGGCCGGAUAGUGUGCGGGGACUGGAGUUGUUAAAUAGUCGAUUUGUUACGUCGACGCUGUCGAACGGGAAUGUCUCGCUGUUGCAGGACUUGAAGGACUUUGGAUCUUUGCCUUUUGCGCAUUUGAUUAGCUCGGAGAACUUUGGUGCUUAUAAGCCCGCGCCUAAGGUUUAUCUUGGUGCUGCUGAGAUGCUGGGACUAGAGCCGUCGCAGUGUGCUUUGGUUGCGGCGCAUCUUAGGGAUUUGCAGGCUGCAAAGGGCUGUGGGUUCCAGACUGUUUAUGUUGAGAGGGAGAAGGAGGAGACUUGGUCGGCUGAACAGGUGGCGCGGGCUAAGGAGGAUGGGUUUGUAGAUAUUUGGGUGGAUUUGAAUGCAGAUGGGUUUGUUGAGGUUGCUCGGCGGUUCGGUAUUUCGGAAUAG